UUAUCCUAAACACAUGACUCAUCGUUGCGUACGAAUUGAUAAUAAUAAUAACCAUCGUUCGCGCUCAGAGUUCAGGCUUUUUUUAAUGCACGUGUUCGUGGGGGGCUUUUUAUUUAUGUUCGUUUCCUGUUGAAUAAGAAUUUGGAAUAAAAUGUACAGAUGAAUAGUGUUUAAUUAUAUAAUUUAAUCGGAAUUCAAUUGCUCGAGUAACAGUUUUACCAAUGGGCCAAACGCUUAGCGAACCGGUUACAACCAAAAAAUCUGCCUGUUGUCGUGAUUCCAAAUAUCGAGUGGGGAGCUCCUGCAUGCAAGGAUGGCGGAUACAAAUGGAGGAUUGCCACGUGCAUAUAUUAUCCUUGCCCGAUGAUCCAGAAGCUGCAUUUUUUGCUGUUUACGAUGGUCACGGAGGAUCGGCAAUGGCCCAGUAUGCUGGAAAGCAUUUGCACGAAUAUCUCACUAAUCAAGAAGCUUAUAAAGAAGGUGAUAUCGAAGAAGCGAUCAAGAAAGGAUUUUUGGAGCUCGACGAAGAGAUGGAGUCAAAUGAAACUUUAAAGCAAUUACGAGCUGGUACAACCGUUAUAUCUAUUCUAAUUAAAGAUAACAUUUUAUAUUGUGCCAAUGCGGGUGAUAGUAGAGCAGUGGCAAGUAUCAAUGGAAUUGCCUUACCUCUAAGCUACGAUCAUAAGCCCAUGUUAAAAAAUGAAAGAGACCGCAUUAUAGCAGCAGGUGGUUGGAUAGAAUUUAACAGAGUCAAUGGAUAUUUGGCUCUGUCUCGCGCUUUGGGUGAUUUUAUGUUUAAGACAAAUAAGUGCAAGAAGCCGGAAGAACAAAUUGUGUCUGCUCUUCCUGAAAUACAGCGCCAUGAGAUAACAGAAGAUUGGGAAUUUGUCAUAUUAGCAUGCGACGGUAUUUGGGAUGUAAUGAGCAGUGAAGAAGUGGUGGACUUUGUAAGAAAACGAUUGUCCGACACGUUAGCGGACAGCGAAGAAAACGAUAGUCAACCUAUAGAUCCUGAAGAGAUAUGCGAACAGUUAAUUAAUCACUGUCUUGCACCAGAUCUUAUAAUGGGUACUGGAUGCGAUAAUAUGACAGUUGUCCUAGUCUGUUUUCUUCAUGGUAAACCGUAUUCGCAAAUGCUCCUUCGCUGUCAGAAGUCUCCUGAAUAACCAAAAUAUACGUUAUACUUCUUCCAUUAUGUUUGUAAAUAAUAACUAACUUGUGACCAUCGUGUUUAACGUCUGAUCUAAUCGUUA